UGCUGCUGAAGAGCAUCUUGUUUUCCCUAUUUUCAGUUAGCCAGCCAGGCUCAUCCGGAAAUCAUCUCUAAUUGGGUUUCUCAUUGUGUGAGUGCGCCAUCUGCUGGAGGACUCAGAUAUAACAGCUGGCUGCUUAUAAAAGACGUCAUCGGCGGUACCCAAGCCAGUGUACGGUUUCUGAGGGAACCGACCAUCGUCAGUCUAUCCGCACUGCUCCUGCGGCAAAGCCCCCAGCAUCGCCAGCAAGACCCAAAGCUAUGGGAAAGGAAAAGCUGCACAUCAAUAUAGUGGUCAUUGGCCAUGUGGACUCUGGGAAGUCCACCACCACUGGGCACCUCAUCUACAAAUGUGGUGGCAUCGACAAGAGGACCAUUGAGAAGUUUGAGAAGGAGGCUGCUGAGAUGGGUAAAGGUUCUUUUAAGUAUGCAUGGGUUCUGGAUAAGCUGAAGGCUGAACGGGAGCGUGGUAUCACAAUUGAUAUCUCCCUCUGGAAGUUUGAGACCAGCAAGUACUACGUCACAAUCAUUGAUGCACCUGGACACAGAGACUUUAUUAAGAACAUGAUCACUGGUACCUCCCAGGCGGACUGUGCCGUGCUCAUUGUGGCAGCAGGUGUGGGUGAGUUUGAAGCUGGCAUCUCAAAGAACGGUCAGACCCGAGAGCAUGCCCUGCUGGCAUAUACGCUCGGUGUGAAGCAGCUGAUUGUGGGUGUCAACAAGAUGGACUCCACAGAACCUCAUUACAGCCAGAAGCGCUAUGAGGAAAUUGUGAAGGAAGUCGGCGCCUACAUCAAGAAGAUUGGCUAUAACCCUGACACUGUGGCCUUUGUGCCAAUCUCUGGCUGGAAUGGAGAUAACAUGCUUGAAGCUAGCCCAAAUAUGAGCUGGUUUAAGGGCUGGAAGAUCAACCGCAAGGACGGGGGUGUCUCUGGAACAACUCUAUUGGAGGCUCUGGAUGCCAUUCAGCCUCCAAGCCGGCCAACUGACAAACCACUGCGCCUCCCACUCCAGGAUGUUUACAAGAUUGGAGGUAUUGGAACAGUCCCAGUCGGUCGCGUUGAGACCGGUGUCCUGAAACCUGGCAUGGUUGUGACCUUUGCCCCUGUGAAUGUGACCACUGAGGUCAAGUCUGUAGAAAUGCAUCACGAAGCUUUAUUGGAGGCUUUGCCUGGUGAUAACGUGGGCUUUAAUGUGAAAAACGUCUCUGUUAAGGAUAUCCGUCGUGGGAAUGUCGCCGGUGAUAGCAAGAAUGACCCUCCACAGGAAGCUGCUAACUUCACUGCGCAGGUCAUCAUCCUGAACCACCCUGGCCAGAUCAGUGCAGGUUAUGCUCCAGUGCUAGACUGCCACACAGCCCACAUUGCUUGCAAGUUUGCUGAGCUGAAGGAGAAGAUUGACCGUCGUUCAGGGAAGAAGCUGGAGGACAACCCCAAAUCGCUCAAGUCUGGUGACGCUGCCAUUGUGGGCAUGAUCCCAGGCAAGCCCAUGUGUGUGGAGAGCUUCUCAGCAUACCCUCCUCUUGGACGCUUUGCUGUACGUGACAUGCGUCAGACGGUGGCAGUGGGUGUCAUUAAGCGCGUGGAAAAGAAGGCACCCACUUCAGGAAAGGUCACGAAGUCUGCCCAGAAGGCCCAGAAGAGCAAAUGAAUAUUGUGCAGGGCUGCAACCUCUCGAGUCAGCCACAGCAGAACCCACAUCCAUCCGCUCCUUAGCUUAAUAGUCAAAGCCUGGCAAAUUAUCACAAUGCAUCGCAAGAGUAGACGAAGGAAAAAACCCACAACCACUCUGACAAUGAUGUUUAAUAUGUUGUAUUUAUGGUUUCUAGUCUGAAUUGCAUUUAGUUCAUGUUUUGUGGAUAUUUAUCAGCACCUUUAUACUAGAGUUUAGAUUAAGGACAGGAAAAGUGUUUCUAUCUUCUCUGCUUAAUGUGCAAUAGUCUGAGAACCUCUCCCAGUCCUGACCAGCCAUGUUGCUAAUGUGAUCUGGCAUGCAAGCAUGAUCAGCCUUUUCUGCUUUUCUAG